AUAUGCUAAAAACUUGAGCACAUACUGAAUUUUCAUAUUAAUAAAAUUUAGAAGGGAAAUAGAGCACCUGCUUACGCUUUUUAAGUACCUACUCCGAUAAACUCACAGCAGCAGACGUCAUAUGCGAGUUCCGACAGGUUGAAUAUUAGAAAGUUAUAGAGCGGCCGUGUUGCUAUAGUGGAUGUAAGUCUCUACAUAUAUUAAAUAAGAACUAUGGAUACUGAAGAAGACACAGUUAGUAGUGGGGAAACAUGUGAGAAAAUGAUACAAUUUGUUAGUGUUAUUGAAAAAUUUCCUAUACUUCUGGAAAAAUCAAACAUACCGGAUGUUAAAAGGAAAAAAGCGAAUGCAAUUUAUGAAAUAAAAGGUAAACUAGCAGUUGAAUUUGGAAUAGAGUUGAACGACACGCAAAUAUGGAAGAAACUAAAUAAUCUCAAGACUAGAAUAAAAAGGAAGACUGACAAAAAACAAACAGGAAAUCGGAAGAUUGAAUUAAAAGAUUGGGAAAUAAGAUUCUUUAAAUAUAUAGAAGGGGAGAUAAAUCCUUCAAUUUGUAAAGUAAAAGGUAAGUCUAGUAUACAACAAAUCUUUUCAGGGGCAAUUUCUGCUGGUGUACGUUCAUGUGGAAUGGAGGUCGCUGAAAUCAGUCUUGAACAGAAUGAAAUUCAGCUAAAAGAACCUGGGUCCUUUAUAACAUCCGGUACUGGAUCUGUUAAGAGUGCAGAUUCCGACUAUCCUGUGCCUGGAACUUCGAAGACCUCUUCUGUGAUGAGUAAAGGUGUAAAUGAGGGGCCACUAAAGAACCAAAAACAUAAGAAAAAAUUACCAGAAACUGAAGAAACCAAAAACCUUACUACGCAAGAACUUCAACGUUUAGUUCUUUUGGAACAGUUGCAAGUCUUUAGGCUUGCAAAGGAACUGCUAUUACAGAAAAAACAGCAAAAGGAUAUGGAACAGGUCAACCCUAAUACUCAAGGAGAUGCGACUGAUGCAAUACUGCUUAACAUUCCGGACAAUGAAAACAUCGAUGAAAACUUCCCUAUUUUUAUAAAUUUAUAGAACUGAUAUUAAAUACUCAUUAAUUUAACUGGGUUUUUUAUUUAACUGAAAUAUA